CCUGAGGGAGGGGAAUCGGGGUGGGGAGGUGGGGGGGUCAGAGCCCUGAGAAUCUAGAAACUGAGGCGCUGGGGACUCUAGGAGUGAGGGAGGCUGUAGAUGGCGUCCACGUAAGGGGGAUGGGAUCGGAUGAAGGGCACUUGGGGGCAACUCGGUGGACCCAAGGCUCUUGGGGCUGAGGGAUGGAGGAAGGCCUGGUAGGCGCAAGGCGCUGGGACCAGGAGUCCAGGGAACGGGUGACCUGUGAGAGGGACCUUGGGGAGGAGGACCGGGGACCAGGGCAGGACUGAGCAGGGCUGGGCAGAGACAGGAACCUGGGACCGAGGAGGUGGCCCUGGCGCGGAGGGGUCGCGCUGAGUCGGCCGCGCACCUCUCCACCCCCGACUCCCUAGCCCGGGGUCCGCUGCAGCCCCCUCUCCUCCGGCCCGACCACCCGGCGGCGCGAUGACCGUCACGUACACCGCCCGCGUGGCCAACGCGCGCUUCGGCGGCUUCUCGCAGCUGCUGCUACUGUGGCGCGGGAGCAUCUACAAACUGCUGUGGCGCGAGCUGGUCUGUUUCCUCGGGCUCUACAUGGCGCUGAGCGCCACCUAUCGCUUCGUGCUGACCGACGAGCAAAAGCGCUACUUUGAGAAGCUCGUCAUUUACUGCGACCAGUACGCCAGUCUCAUCCCCGUCUCUUUCGUGCUCGGCUUCUACGUGACGCUGGUGUUGCACCGCUGGUGGGACCAGUACCUAUGCAUGCCGCUGCCGGACGCGCUCAUGUGCGUGGUGGCGGGCACCGUGCACGGGCGCGACGAGCGCGGCCGCCUCUACCGGCGCACGCUCAUGCGCUAUGCAGGGCUCUCGGCCGUGCUGAUCCUGCGCUCCGUCAGCACCGCGGUCUUCAAACGCUUCCCCACCAUAGACCACGUGGUGGAGGCGGGAUUUAUGACCCGCGAAGAGCGCAAGAAGUUCGAGAACUUGAACUCGCCCUACAACAAGUAUUGGGUCCCCUUCGUCUGGUUUUCCAACCUGGCUGCACAGGCCAGGCGUGAGGGCAGAAUCCGCGACAACAGCGCCCUUAAGCUGCUGCUGGAGGAGCUGACUGCGUUUCGGGGCAAGUGUGGGAUGCUCUUUCACUACGACUGGAUCAGCGUACCCCUCGUCUACACCCAGGUGGUGACUAUCGCAGUGUACAGCUACUUCCUGGCCUGCCUCAUCGGGCGCCAGUUCCUGGACCCUGCGCAGGGCUACAAAGACCACAACCUGGACCUGUGCGUGCCCAUCUUCACCCUGCUGCAGUUCUUCUUCUACGCUGGCUGGCUCAAGGUAGCCGAACAGCUCAUCAACCCCUUCGGAGAGGAUGAUGACGACUUUGAGACCAACUUUCUGAUCGACCGCAACUUCCAGGUGUCGAUGCUGGCCGUGGAUGAGAUGUACGACGACCUGGCCAUGCUAGAGAAAGACCUGUACUGGGAUGCGGCCGAGGCUCGCGCCCCCUACACAGCGGCCACCGCCUUCCUGCUGCAGCAGCCCUCCUUCCAGGGCUCCACCUUCGACAUCACGCUGGCCAAGGAGGACAUGCAGUUCCAGCGGCUGGAUGGCGUGGACGGGCCGCUGGGCGAGGCGCACGGCGACUUCCUGCAGCGCCUCCUGCCGGUGGGUGCGGGCAUGGCCUCAGGGGGCCUGCUGGGCCGGCGCCUGUCCCUGCUGCGCCGCAAGAACAGCUGCGUGUCCGAGGCAUCCACCGCCCCCAGCUGCGCGUGCGCCGGCGCCCCCGAGGGCGCGGCCCCGGAGUGCGGCUGCGGGGACCCGCUGCUCGACUCCGGCCUGCGGGAGCCCGAGGCCGAACCCCCCGCCGGCCCCGAGCCGCCCGCCGCCGAGCCCUUCACCACGGUGCCCAUGCCCGCGCCCCGGGGGCCGGCUCCGCCCUGGCUGCCCAGCCCCAUUGGCGAGGAGGAAGAGAGUCUAGCGUGAGACCCUCGAGCCCGGGAUCCCCAAGGACAGGGACCCAAGCCCCCACACCGCCCGCAGGCAGCGCUCCGCGUCUACGUGAGCCGCGUGGACCCCACCGGCCUGCUUUUGACCCGUUCCGGCUCCCUGCGCGCCGCCCUCCUGUUUGGCGCAGGGGCGUGGAGCGCCCCCUCUGGCCCGGGCACUGUGCUAGGGGCGGGGGAUUUUCCCAGUAGCCUCCAACAGCCGGUCCUCACCGCCAGCUCCACUCCUCAUCGCCCGCUGCCUGAGAGGCUUUUAUCAGUGUGCUCUGCCUUCAUUCUUUCCUUGACGUGGAGCUGUGAGCGCCUACCUCAUUGAGUUGUGAGAUGAAAUGAAAUGACGGCUUUACAGUGUUUGGGACAUAAAGGUGCUCAAUAAAACGUUAGUGGUUAUUCUGA